GAGUGCGCAUGUGUUGGCAAACCUGCUUUGCUUCCUCCAAGCCACGACCCGCGACCGUACCGGACGCCAUUACCACGCCAUCGUACUGUGAAUCUGUCAGUUGUGCGUUUUUCUAUUGAUAAUCUUCGGAUUUUCCGUAGUGUUUUAAGUUCUGUGCUGACGGUUUCUUUUAAUACAAAAAUAUCAAAAUGUCUGACGAAAAGAAGGGAGAAAGCGAACACAUCAACUUGAAAGUAUUAGGCCAAGAUAAUGCAAUUGUGCAGUUCAAAAUCAAAAAACACACACCUCUGAGGAAGUUAAUGAAUGCUUAUUGUGAUCGAGCGGGUCUAUCAAUGCAAGUAGUGCGGUUCCGAUUUGAUGGUCAACCAAUCAAUGAAAAUGACACGCCAACAUCACUUGAGAUGGAAGAAGCAAAUACUGCCCAAUACGCGCAUUUCGUUUUCAACACACUGGACCAAGAUAGAAGCGGCCUGUUAAGUUUUGAGGAGUUUGUAACCGGCUUAUCAAUACUAUCAAGAGGGACAUUAGAAGAAAAGCUUCGAUGGACGUUUUCGCUGUAUGACAUCAAUGGGGAUGGGUGCAUCACUAAGGAAGAAAUGACGGAGAUUGUCACAGCUAUUUACGAUCUAAUGGGAAAGAUAGUGGAGCCAAUGUUGGAAGACGAUGUGAUACGAGAGAAGGUUGAAAGACUGUUUCAGAAAAUGGACUUGAACCGCGACGGAGUUCUGACGCUAGACGAGUUUCUUGAUUGCUGUCUCCGCGACGAGGACAUCUCAAGGUCGAUGGGUGUAUUCGACAGCAACUUCUGACGGCCUGCGGUAGGCGCGCGCGCGUCUACGUGCCGCGUCCCCUGACACCACGCUCUAUCUCCCACUACGUCAUUUUGUACAUAACGAUGAAUCUGCAAUUCUUCAUCAGCCAAUUGAUACGUACGCAAAUAAUGAAAGUAGUUAGGAAAACGAAUGUUAGUAGUGCGGUAUUAUACCACUCGGUGUCAUAGAUUUUGUGUAACCAAACAAAUGGCCAAUCCCAAUAAUUGUUAUUACCAGACCAAUUUAAGAAUGACGUAAAGAAGAUACACGCUGUAUCUUUGAUUGAAUUACGAUGUUAUUGUAAAAAGAAAUGCCUUAUUUAUAAGAAGCUUUAGCGAAAAAGUACUGGAUUCAUAAAAAUGAUGCCAGUUGCUAUGCAUGUAACAAGAAAUGUGGACUUGUUUUGUAUGUAAUAGGUGUGACAUCAACAAGGAAUGAUGUGCGGCUUAUUUUGUACUACUUAAUAAUUAUUUUAGGACCUUUACUAAUUUAGUAGAUUAAGUGUCCAGUUAAGAACUUGUUAUAAUUCCAAUAAUUAUAGUUUUAUCGUAUAUUCUAGCGGUAUUCUUGUCUUCAAUGGGCAAUUUGUUAGACCCUCGCUAGUUUAGUCAGCUUUUAACUGGCUUUGUUCCUUAACAUUCCUUUGACCGGGCUAACAAUGCCCCUGUACUAUUGCAAGCCUUUUUAAUUUCAUUCUUUCGCCAAGAAUAUAGAUAAAUCAUUCUUCUUGCAUAGUUGAAUAGUUCUUACCCGAAUUGCCAUUAUAAAAAUCUAAUCUAUGAAUAUUUUAAUAGAAGUAUUACACAAAAUUUUAAUAGUUCUACUUUACCAAGGCAAUCUACCUAUUAGAAAACAAUCUAAGAUAAUCUAAAUCUAAAUAACUAUUUAAUGUUUUAACUAAAGAUCUCUGUAUUCCAAAUGGUAGUUUUACGUGAAUAUCACUGAUAAUAAUUAAAUUUAAAAUUACAUAUUUUAAAGCUGUUCAACUAGAUAUAGAAUUUCUUCUUGUAAUGUGGAUCAAACAUGAUAAGAUAAAUAAAGUA